CAGUGACAGACAUCAUUAUCAAAAUAAUUUAUCAAAAAUAAAUAAAUAUAAAUCGUGGGGCGGUAUGGCGAACGACAGGGAAAUCCUACGCGAAAUAUGGGAAGGCAAACUUCCCAUAUGCUUCCGCUUGGACAGCGAAGAAGUGGCGGAUGUUCGCGAACCGGAUCCGUUCUAUCUGAUGGUGCCCCGACUCAGUUAUUUCCCUUUAGUGACCGACAAAGUAAAGAGACACUUCGUAAAGUACGUGGACAGCGAGAAGUCCGAGCAGGAGAUGUGGCUGGAGUACAACGGGCAGCCAUUGAAAUGGCACUAUCCGAUCGGUGUCCUCUUCGAUCUGCUCUUCGAUAAGGACGAGAUACUACCUUGGAAUAUAACCGUUCAUCUAGAUAAAUUCCCCGAUGCUGAGAUCUUCAGGUUUAGUAAUAAAGAUAUGGUAGAAUCGUAUUUCAUGUCCUGUUUGAAGGAGGCCGAUGUGUUGAAACAUAGAGGACAAAUCGCUGGUAGUAUGCAAAAAAAAGACCACAACCAAUUGUGGUUAGGACUUCAAAACGAUAAAUUCGAUCAAUUCUGGGCUGUAAAUAGAAAACUAAUGGAGACCACGAACGAUACGGAGUAUUUCAAGUACAUUCCAUUCAGGUGUUAUUUAGAAAACGGCUAUAAACAGAAGUUGGUUAAACCCGUAGGAGACAACGGUAGCAAAAGAACGUUGCAAGAUCUUUUAAACGAAAUGUUCCCGGACCAACCGGAAGUGCAAAUAAAGACUCACGGGUUAAUUCCUCCGUUAGAUACCCCCUUGCAAUGGCUGUCUGAACAUUUAAGCUAUCCAGAUAAUUUUCUACAUUUAUGCGUAGUUUAAGGUAGCUUUAUCCGAAGGUUUAUGUUACGUGUAAUAUUCGAUUUUAUGACUGUAUUUAGUUUACUCCUUUCAGCGGACUGUAAAGAAUGUUUGCAUUUUUUCCAAACCGAAUUCCAUACUUUUUAUAUUUUCGUUUCGAAUUAUUUGAUAAUAAACGUCAGUAUUUAUAUUACGUGUUUCGUUGAGGCGAUGAAUAAUCC